AUGAAGUUAGUCUCACGCAAGGUUCCCAAGACCCUCGAGGACGAGACCGUCUCUCUCCUCCCCGAGGAUCCCGAAGAUAUGUGGCAUGCAUACAACCUCAUCCUCUCAGGGGACAUCAUCCACGCUCACGCCAUCCGUAAAGUAGUCACAACUUCAAGCACCGGAAGCACGGCCUCUGAGCGUGUCCACACAGAACUGGCUAUCAAAGUGAAGUCCACUUCCUUUGACCCCGUUAUCUCAUCACUCCGAGUCUCUGGUACUGUCGUUGCAGAGAACCCAUAUGUCACACUUGGCUCUCAUCACACACUCGACCUUGAGGUCAACCGUCCAUUUACUAUUAUCAAGCCGGAGGGAUGGGACUCUGUUGCAAGAGCUACUCUACAAGAGAGUCUGUCUGACGACAAGGAUGGAGCCGUAGCAGCUGUUGUCAUGCAAGAAGGACUCGCCAAUGUCUGUCUCAUCACGCAGUUCCGGACCGUCCUAAAGGUCCGCAUUGAGAGUGUGAUCCCCAAAAAGCGAGAUCUAGCCUCCGACCAAGACGCAGGUAUGCGCCGCUUCUAUGAGAAGACGCUAUCGACACUUCUACGGACCAUGGACUUCACACAGUCGCGACCAUUAUUACUGGCCAGUCCAGGCUUUGUCGCUGGAGACUUUAAGCAAUACAUUGCCAAUCAAGGUCGUGAUAAGGCAGAUAAGGUGCUUACAGCCGUGGCCAAGCAGGCCACAGUGGUUCACUCCAACUCUGGUCAUGUCCACAGCCUCAACGAGAUAUUAAAGAGCCCCGAGGUCCUGUCCAAGAUGAAGAACAUGAAGUUUGCCCGCGAGACGCAGUACGUCGAUCAAUUCUUCGACAUGCUGAAGCUAGACGACGGGCGCGCAUGGUACGGUACCUCUGCUGUCGAGAAGGCAGUCAACGACGGCGCCGUGGGUCCAGGUGGUGGUGUUUUGUUGGUCAACAACUCGUUAUUCCGCAGCGAAGAUCUUGCUCUUCGCAAGAAAUACGUUGCUCUGGUUGAAAAGGUGAGAAGUGAUGGCGGCGAGGCGAGAAUCCUUAGCAGUGACCACGAGAGCGGACAGCGAUUGAAGAUGCUGGGAGAUAUCGCUGUCAUCCUCAACUACCCAAUGCUGGAUCUCGACGAUGAUGAUGCCGACGAAGAUAAUGACGGUACUGGAGAACCCAGUAUGGAGAAUAGUGUUAUCUAA